CAGACAUCCUCCUAUUAGCGUAAUCACUUGUCCUAAUUACAUACAUUGUCCCCAUUAUCUCAUUUACUCCUGUCUGAAUAUUCGGUAAUGAGAUUGGAAUAAAAAAUAUAUUUAUUACCAAAAGAAAAAGGAAAGAGAAAAGAGAAAAGGGGCAAAAGAGAUCGCAAUUUUGCAAAACAGCGAAAAUAGUUCUUUGUGAUUUUCGAGUGAGAGAGACGACAGCUUCCAUUAUCCCCUGUCUCUCUCCCUCUCGAACUACAAAUCAAAUUCGAGUGUUUUCAUAUUGUUAAUCUUUUUCUUCAAGGAAAGAAGAGAUUUUGUUUUCCGUUUCUGGGGGUUUUUCUUGAUUCUGAUCUCUGAUCUGAUCUCAUCAUCAUUGUCCGUGGAUUCUCCGAUGGGUUUCUGAUUGUGGGUUCUUUCAAAUUUCUUCACUUUUGGAGCUUUUCUUCUCUCUGUCUUUUGUUUUCCCUCAGCUAUGGCUUGGAAUGAGACCAAACUCAAGAGGCUCUAUCAAGUUUGGAGAGGAAGCAAUAAAUUUCUAUGUGGCGGGAGGCUAAUAUUUGGUCCUGAUGCAUCAUCUCUAUAUCUAUCAACCAUCUUGAUCCUUGGUCCUGCUGUAAUGUUCUUUGUCAAAAUGUACACUAAAAUGGCUGAUCCUCGUACCAAGAAUCCAAAUCUAUGUAUUCCAAUUCUCUGUGUGUCUUGGAUACUCACAAUUUUGGAUAUAUUUUUCCUCUUAAUGACAUCUAGUAGAGAUCCCGGGAUUGUGCCAAGAAGUUUUAGGCCUCCGGAAACCGAUGAUGCACCGGAUUCAACUACUCCAUCGAUGGAAUGGGUUAGCGGUAGAACCCCUAAUAUAAGAAUACCACGGGUCAAAGAUGUAACUGUUAAUGGACAUACCGUAAAAGUGAAAUUCUGUGACACUUGUUUGCUUUACCGUCCACCUAGAGCUUCUCAUUGUUCCAUAUGCAACAACUGUGUCCAGAGAUUUGAUCAUCACUGCCCUUGGGUUGGCCAGUGCAUUGGAGUGCGAAAUUACCGGUUCUUCUUCAUGUUCAUAUCAACAUCAACCACUCUGUGCAUAUAUGUGUUUGCCUUUUCUUGGUUGAACAUAUUUCAAAGACAUAUGGAUGAAAAGAUUAGCAUCUGGAAAGCUAUAUCCAAAGAUGUUCUAUCGGAUAUUCUCAUAGUUUACUGCUUCAUUACUGUUUGGUUUGUUGGAGGACUCACAAUAUUUCAUUCCUAUCUCAUCUGUACUAACCAGACGACUUAUGAGAAUUUCCGAUACCGUUAUGAUAAGAAGGAGAAUCCAUACAACAAAGGAAUUUUGGGGAACAUAUGGGAAAUAUUUCUGUCUAAGAUUCCUCCAUCAAUGAACAAGUUUAGAUCAUUUGUCAAGGAAGAAGAUUAUAUGAUGAUGAUGGUUGAAACUCCUACUUCAAAUCUAGGUGAAAGUCUAGUUAGCUCGAAAGAGAAGAUUGAUAUCGAAAUGGGAGGAGGAAGGAUUGUUGAUGAGAGUGGAAAGAGCUACUCUCUACCUGAGAUUCUCCGGAAUCUAAACUAUGAAGAUCUUGAGGAUGAUUGUGAGGAAGAUGACUUGAAGGCUAAGGAUCAUCACCACCACCAUCACCAUCAACAUCAACAUAAUGAGGGAAUCAUCCCUCCUUUUGACCCUUUUUUUACCAAUGAGAUUGGUAGUAACAAAGAUGAGAGAAAUGGAGAAGAAUCAGGAGGAUCUUCAAGUGAUGGUGAAAAUACAGGGAAACGCGUUCGGGUCUCAGAUGAAGAUGAAGAGAAAGUUGAAGGGUAUGAACGAAAUUGGAGUACAGAUAAAGGUAUGAAUAUAAACGCAGGAUCUGAAGAUGGAGCAAGCUCUCCUGUAUCCACUUCACCAAUGCUUCGUAAAUAGAGAGAAGGAAGGACUUGAAGCUGGAGAAAUGGAGUUUGUGCUUUAUCAUUCUUUUAAUUCUGUUUCAUAUAAUUGUGGGAAAAAAAAUCCGAAAAAUAACAAUCAUCUUAGAAAAUUGUGAGUUUGAGCACUAGAUUUUUUUAUUUUUAAAAUUCUCCUUUUUAGUUGUAUUUAUAUAUACCAGAAUGGUCUGGAUAUCACCAGCAUCACAUAUUUUCUCUCUUUUUUAUUUUUCCUUUUUUGUUAUAAAAAAAGAUUUGGACCACGAAUUUGUAACGUAUAUACUGUUGUCGGAAUUAUUUUUCCUUAUUUUAUUGGUUGAUUUUCAUA